CAGAGGCCAGGCGCUAGUUUUCACCUCGUUGUGGCCACGUUAGGACAGAAGAGAUUAUCGCCUUCCUAGAGACAGAGAAAAGAAAGCACAAGGAUGGUGACUACUAGAAUACAACAGAAGAGGCGCCAAAUGAUGCACCUGGUGCAGCCUUACUUACCACAACUGCUACUGUGCCUCCGCUGUACUGUGUUGGUGAUCAUCUGCGCCGUCUCCGUACACCUGCUGCAGAUAGUAACAGAUGCGGGCUCGAGUGUCACCCCCUGGAAACUUUUCUCUAGAGACCAGGAGACUCAAGGAAAGACUCGAGAGAACGUAGGAGUCUCCCAGAAUGACCAGGAGAUUGAAAUGAGCGAUCCUUUGUACCCAAGGAUAAGUGAUAUGCUGAACGAACACAUCUACUUCUCCUUCUAUGACGGCCAUCGUGUUUACACCAACCAGGACAGCGUGGGUGGUGGUGUGAGCCGUAAACCUCGACAUAAUGAACAGGAGAUGUUGUACCAGGUACACGGUGAGGCAGUUAAGUACCUGAACAAGAAGUACCCAGACAGGUACAAACCUGAACACUGUAACUCUAUCAGAUACCGGACAGUGCCUACAGUGGGUCUUGAAGUGGACGUAACUUGCCGGAACGGGGUGGAGGAGGUGGACAGGGUGACGCUAGUGAAGGAGUUCUCACGCUCCCGAGUCGUCUACCAUCACGACCAUCCUCACACCACCAUCAACCUCAUCAUGCCUCUACAGGGACGCUACACCACCCUACAGAUCUUCAUGGAGAACCUGAUAAACAUCUUGGAGAGCGACCCCCUCCAGAUGAGUCUCACGCUCGUAUACUUCAAGGACGACCUCCACCAGAAAGUCCAAGAACUCCUGAAGAAGGUGGAGUCCCAGGUGCCUAACUUGAGGACACAGUUCAUCCUGCUAGAGAAUAAAGAGUUCUCUCGAGGUCUUGGUCUCCAGAUAGGUGUAGAGGAGACCAAGCUGAAGGGGGAGGUCCUCUUCUUCUGCGAUGUGGACGCCUUCUUCACCCGCACCUUCCUCACCAGGUGUCAGACUACGCCCGUCCAGAACCACCAGGUGUACAUCCCCAUGGUGUUCUCGCUGUAUAACCCAGAGUUUAUCUACCCACUACACAAAAGGUCCAUCCCGCCGCCUCUAGAGCAGCUGCUGGUGUACGACAACUACGGCUACUGGAGGAUCUGGGGCUAUGGUAUGGUGUGUGUCUAUAAGUCUGACUUUCUCCACGUGGGAAACUUUAACAAGUACAGGAGGGGCUGGGGAGGCGAGGACCUUCUCUUACUGCAAAAAAUUGCCAGGUCACGUAAUUACAAAGUGAUAAGGUCACUGGACCCAGGACUCUUCCACCUGUAUCACCCUAAGUCCUGCCGAUCAACCGACCGGUUCUACUCCUGCACGAAGACAAAGGCCUUGAACGAGGCCUCAAAAGCAUCCUUGGGACUGUGGUAUUUCAAGACGAAUACGGAGAACGUUUCUGUAUUCGGUGUGUUGGCCGAGGGACACGACCCACCCACCACACACUGGCACCACGAAGACGAAGCCGAAGACGAAGCCAGACAACACAAACACAUCCUACUCAUUGUUUUAUUGUCGUUCGUUUUAGCUGAUGUUUUUGUUAUGUUUUAUAGCUAUAAGAUAGAGGUGAAGUAUUACUGUUAAGUGAAUAUGUAAGAGCUAUAUACAGGUGUGUUUUGUGUGUUAAUAUAUUUAUUCAUUUAGA